AUGGUGAUGAAGAGGAAAGCACACAGCAAGUCGCGCAACGGGUGUAGGAAUUGCAAAAAGCGACACGUCAAGUGUGACGAACAAGGACCGCCGUGCCUCAACUGCGUGGUUCGGGAGACGCAGGAUACUUGUACAUAUGCUCAACCGCCGCAGCAGCAACAAACAAGGAGCUCAGCAUCAACCCUCUCGCCGGGGUUUGUGACACCCGAUGGGACCCACAACUGCACCGCCGGCGGUAGGCCGCCAAGGAUACCGGUGUCGCCCGCGGGGAGAUUCCUCUCCCCUUCGUCCUCCGGGUCGUCGUCGUUGACGUCGUCCGCAUCCGAAACAGCGGCGGCCGACGCCCGGCGGCUGAUGGACGUGGAGCUCAUGCACAGGUGGUCGACCAUCACGUACAAGUCGUUCGUAUCGAUUGCUGAGGACCGCUAUUAUCUCCAGACAGAGGUGCCGCUGGCAGCGUUCAAGCACGAAUAUCUGCUGAACGGCAUACUGGCCCUGACGGCUCUGGAAAAGGCCUUGACCGAGGCGACGGACAGCACCCCUCCUGCAGACGACGAGGUGGUGGACGAAGCACACGUGCCGCUGACCGUUUCAGACUCAGUCGGUUCUCUUGAGAGGCCCAGCGAAGAGGUCAGAACUUAUGUCCGCGCGGGCUUGGACUAUUAUGGCAGAGCGAUCCGGGCAUUCAGGGAAAAACUGUGCGGUAUACUUGGGCCGGAGGACCAGCAUCCUCUGUUUUUCAUGGCGAUGUUAGCACCGCUCAUCAACCUAAUCAUACCGCGAUCUCUCAAGUUGCUAAACCAAGAAAGAGCUGAAGGGGGUAAAGAUUCUUGGAGUGGUGGUCGUAUUGACAGCGGGGACUCGCAGGCGCACAGCUCAAUUGCACAGGCGUUGGGGAUAUUCGAACUGUUCCACGGGUUGAGUUCCAUCAUGAGGAUGGACUGGGGUGGCAUACUCAACAGCCCUGCCGGUCCAUCAAUAACCGCAGCCCUCAAACUCGGCCCGCCAGACGUCCACUCGCUUGAUCCAGACACGAACAAGGCCCUGAACACGCUCAUGGCCGUAGCGGCCUCGCUCGCAUCAUCAACCAACAACGCAGCAGCCGGUCAGGACCGGACAGACCAGGAAGACGUCAAGCAGGGAUCCAGGGCCAUCACAGCGCCUGUGGAAGAGCUCUUGGCGGUCGCCGACUUCGACAGCCUCCACGACGGGCGUCUCUCGGGCUCGAUCCCCGAGCCGCAGCCCAGCCUGGCGACCAAGUCUGUCGCACUGGAGCUCAGCGGCGAGGUCCCCCAGCGCACCAAGGCCGAGCAGCGGCGCGACAUGUACAUGAACGAGGUGUUUUACCUGCGGUACUGCUUCGCCGAGACGCAGCGGGCGGCGUACAAGUUCUCGGGCCUGGGGUGGCCGUGCAUGGGUGGACACGAGUUCACGCGCGCCCUGGCACGCAGGGAGCCGUUUGCCCUGCUGCUCCUUGCCUUUUGGGGCGUCCUCAUCGGCCGCGAGAGCAACUCGACCUGGUGGACGGGCUCCAUCGGGGCGGACCUGGUCGCCGAAAUCUCAGAGGCCCUCGUCCUCCUCGAGAUGAGGGGCCAGCUUGGGGAUGGCUUUGCGAGCAUGCCCGAGUGGAGGGCCAGUGUGUCGUGGACGAGGACGCAGAUCGGGCUCACGGCGAUUUCGUAG